CUGAUCAUUAGCAGAUCAUCUCCUAGAGAUUUGUACAUUGUAUAUAUAAUAUUCUUCCCUUUGGUGAAGAGACGAGAAAGACAUUUUUCCAUAAUCUUACAUGGUAUCAGUUUCCUAGGGAUUUUCUCUACUUCCGCUCGCCCUAGCUCUAGUUUCCUCGCCCACCAUCUUCUUCCUUCUAUCUCUCGUUUUCCAGCCAUCCUAAAUGUCGGACAAAAAGUCCUCUUUUCGCCCGACUCUUGCCGUCUCAAAUAUCAAAAACCACGUUCCCAUUAUGCUUGAAAUGGAAUACGUUCAAUACUCUACAUGGGCGGAACUCUUCAAGAUUCACGCACGCUCUCACAAAGUUCUUAAUCAUUUCAUUCCUCCGAAUGCCGAUCAGAGGACGAUUCCUUCUACUGAUGCAAAAAAGGAACUCUGGUCGACCUUGGAUGCCACGAUUUUUUCGUGGAUUUAUUCUACCAUUUCUAAUGACCUAUUGCACACCAUUAUCGAGCCCAAUUCAACGGCUAUGGAAGCUUGGGAUAGAUUGCGUGAUAUAUUCCAAGAUAAUCAACAUUCCCGUGCCGUUGCCCUUGAACAAGAUUUCACCACUGUCUCUAUGGAGCAUUUUCCUAAUGCCUUUGCUUAUUGUCAACGUCUCAAGUCCCUUGCGGAUCAAUUGAAGAACGUUGGCGCACCGAUGUCGGACAGUCGUAUUGUAGCAUCCCCUUUUAGGAGAAUACCACUUACGAAACAAAAACUAAUUAUUACUAUUUUUUUAUCCUAA